CGGCAGUGACAGAAUAUAUGACUAGUUUACGUGAAAGCAACUACGAAAUGUUAUCACGCAUCAUAAAUAUAGUACGAAAUAAUCUAAUGAAAUUAUGAAACUCGCCUGGGUUACUCUUGCCUUUAAGUAAUGAAGUAGGCAGUAGUUUGAAUCUGGAUUAUGUACGAGGUACUGUUGAUUAAAUUUUUCGAUUAACACAGCGUUGUAGACUGAAUUUGUAUGAGUCCAGAAUUAAUGUAAGCCGAAUACAUAACAUUACCUGACGAACAGUCUAAACGAGAUCUAAGAUCGCAGGAAAUUUAUAGUUCAAACUCACCGUGAAUUUCUAGCAUUCGUAUCCUCUGUUUGGCCAUGGAACUCAGCAAUUGGAAAUUAGGCAGGCAGUGGUAAAAAAAAAGCAGAACAUUCUAGUGGAUAGUGGUUAAGCAGAAACAUGAAUUUAUAGUCGAUAGUUAAUCUUGUCUUAUUUAUACCAGUGGAUAAGUUACAAAGAGAUAUGCGUUCGUGUUGCCUUGUGGCUAUACUCACGAGUGGUUUAUAUUUUAACAGACAUAUUACACAGGAGCAUUUACAUGCUGCUAAUGCUUGUUAAAGAACCACGAUAGCCGAUUAUAAUCGUAGUUGAUUGGUUAGUUCUGUCGAUUGAACUAAGUAUUUAAGUUUAAAUACUAAUCAACAUUGACAUGAAGCAACGAAAGUUCACAGUGAUAGAUUAACAUAGGCGAUGAUAAAAAUGAAAAAAAAUAAGUAUAGAAUACAAUAAUAAAGAUAGGUUGCGUUACUCGAAGUCUUGCUCACCAGUGUUGAUCACCAACGUAGAUGAUCUAUGUCGAAAUGAUUGGAGGCCUACUCGAGUUAGACGUGAAUGGUGUGAUAAAGUAGCUAACGUCGAAGUCACACCUCGUGGUCAGCACCUUACGUGGACUACCCCAUUGACGUAUCAAGGUACCAUAGAUGCUUUGAAGACUGUACAACACAGAGGACGUUAUUACAGAAAUAUAUUAGUUAAGGUAGAUACAAGCGAAAGUAAGACCACUGCCGCAUGGGCCAGUCCAUGGCAUAUGAUUAACCAAUGCGCGUUUGUUGUACAUGACCUUGGCAGGGAGCGACGAUCUGUUCGACAUUCAGUGAUCCAACUGCCAGAUGAUUUGGCUAGGGCUCAGUGACAUUUCACUGGCCCUACAAAUACAUCAUUAUACGCAUUUUUGACCUUGAGGUUCAGGUUCGAAGGCUUGACUUCGUUUUUCAGUGAUUGAAUUACUGGAUAUAGCAUUAACUCAGUAUCCAUAUAAUGGACAGUUUAAAUACAAGAAGUCUUGAUGACUAUCGUGUGAAUGCUUGUGAUGCCAUCCAAUUCAAACUAGUUAGGGACAAGGAAACUGUCGAUUCAGUAGAUACAUUCAAUCCUGAGUUCACUCACCAAAUAUUUGGUGAAAGUGAACAGAUAUUCGGAUAUCGUGAUCUCAAAGUUGGCAUAUUUUACACAGCAGACUCUCUAUCAACAUGUAUAGAUAUUUCUUAUACAUCAAAAGUUGAUCCUCAACUAUCCAAAGGUGUUAUGCCUGACGAUAUCAUGCACAUAUUAUCUGAUGUUUAUCCAUAUAACAUCAGUAAGAACCUGAAUGAUUUUUUGAAAAACUUCGAUGAAAAGUUUACUUUCACUCCAUACGGAGUUAACAGAUAUAGUUAUCAAAUUAUGAAAGAUAAAUGUCCAAAAAAGUUUUCUGUUUUUUUUAUCGAGCAUGGUAUGCCUGGAUUUGAGAAAUUCCUUGAAUAUCAUAAACGGAUGGAAUCUUUCCUUCUUUUCUUCAUAGAUGGUGCAUCUGCUAUAUCUACGGAAGAUAUUCAGUGGUGUUAUUAUGUGAUUUAUGAAAAUAUUGGUCAAACAGAUGACGGAAAAAUCAAAUACGGAUUUAUUGGUUACAUGACAGUUUAUAAGUUUUAUGCUUAUCCCAAAAACCUUCGACCACGUGUUAGCCAAGUUCUGAUCCUUCCGCCUUUUAGAAACAAUGGCCAUGCUACACAACUUUUACAAACUUUUUAUCGUGAUUUUGUACCAAUGUCGAAUGUCAUUGAUAUAGCAGUUGAAGACCCAUCACCUGAAUUUCAGCGUAUUAGGGAUUUAUUGGACUGCAAACGGUGCUUGGAAACCCCAGAAGUAAUGCAAACUAUAACACAGUCUAAUUGUGUGAACGGACAAAUUAUUAGUGAGAAGUCUUCUGCAAUACGCUUCCGAGAAAUUUCAAGGACAAAGUUAAAACUAAAUCGUUGUCAAAGUCGACGAGUGUAUGAAAUUCUUCGAUUGUUUUUGUUGCCUCGUACAGAUGAAUAUGUAAAAUCUUUUUCUGACGCAUUAACUAAGCGUGCCACUGCAUACUUUCAGCGGGUUCGACCAGAUGCUAUGCGAGGGUCUUCUUUGGUACCUAAAACAAGUGGUCCUUCUUCUUAUAAUCCAUUGAAAAAGGCAUUUGAUGAAGCUGCAGACGAAUAUUUUGAAAGUCAACUGCAUGAAGAAGUUUCUACCUUGUUGAAAAACUACCAAGACAUUGUAUAUAAACUUGAUCGUUUCAUUUCUUCACUUAAAAAACAGUCGUAAUUAGUGUUGUGUAAGAUGUUCCCUUGUGUUGUUUUUCCUCCUGAAAAGAGUAUUGUACCAAGAUUUUUACUCAGUAAAAAUUGUAUUUUGUUGAGCAUGUUCCAAUUUAGAAUCGUUACGAUGAUGAGCCUCGCAUGUUUAUGUACGAUAACCAUAAAGUUAUUGGAUAACUUCGUUAGGAGCUGUAAUCGUCAUGAUUUCGUAUGCUCAAAGUUAAAAUAGGCUGAGGGAAUCUUUUAACUUUUUUUUGAGAUUUUGAGAUUUAACUUCGAGCCUUAUAGUAAUUAAAAAUUUACGAGUAGAUGAUCUGUGGCAUUAUGUAUAUGAAAACUGUGUAUACGUGACUACUGAUAUUUUAUAUAUAUGCACGUGGCUUUCUAUUGUUUAACUUAUUGGUUUCAAAAUUGUCAAUGGUAAAACGAUCAUAUCUGCUUCGAUUACUCUGUGUACUGCGUUUCUUAACUUCAUCACUUUACUAUAUUCCAGUCAUAUUCAAGAAGAUAGACAUUCCAACUACUGUAGUUUAACUAAGUUACAUUGAUAUAUUAAUCUACUAUAAAGGCCAUUUAAUAACUGUUAUUCACCAGUCAUAGUUGCAUUCUUUAUGUUUCCAAUGUAACUGGUCUAUCAACUAUGUGACUAAGUCACUAUAGUUAAGAUAUUUGUCAAUGCGGGAGUCUGCUUUUGAAUAAUCAACUCAUACAGUUGAGGCCCUUUCGAAACCACCUCCUCACAUUUUGUUUUCAUUAGGAAUGAAAUUAUAGGACUAAUUAAUCAGAACAGAUGACGUAUUGGAAGUCGACAAAUCCUCUUUUCUCAAUGCAUUUAACCAUUAUUUUCAGUUUACAUCUACUUGCCAAAUACUUACAUUGAAAUAAAAGAGAAGUGUACAUGUUUAUAUUUCUGACGAUGUUUCAGAGAAUUUGGAACUAAAAGUUCACACAACGCUAAAGAGCCCAAUCAGCCUAUAUUUAACCGAUAGGAAUAUUAUUUAUAUUCUUUAGUCCUUCAAAAUAACUAAACAAAAGACUCAAUUCUUCAAAUAUAUAAGUACUACGUAAUUUAUCUUAUGGACCUUCUGAUUCUAUAUAACAUUUACCCCACCCUCCUUAUACUUUCUAUGUCUUCAAAUGACCUUACACAUGUUUAUAUAUAUACGGUACUGAUAAUCUUGGUCAUUUCAAUUUUGCCGUCGCCGCUGUUUAUUGCUUAAUAUUGUUUUAUUUCUGCAUGAAUACGCAGUAGUAAGUAACCGAUAAGAGACCAUGAACUAAAAAUGAGCUUCUCUUAUUCCGAAUCAGUUGUUGUCCUUGAUUUAUUUAAAUACAUAGAGCUAACUGAUUGUACUGUAUAUGAAAUGGUUAUUAUUAUUCGCCACUCAUGAUUACCACGACUUUGUAAAUGUAUCUCCACAGCAAUCCCAAUCAAAUUUAAGUCCUAAAACAUCAUUUUACAAUAUUUCAUUCUCACUUAAGAAGUAUUUUUGCGCUUUAUUGGACAAAAAGAUAGUUAAGUAUGUUUGGUAUCCUACAGCAUGGCAUCUUUGAGAUGGUUUGCGUUGUUUGAUGUAUAUAAUAUUUUGAAAGCUACCGCUUACUACUUAUGAGUAGUAAGUGUUUUUAUUCAUAAAUUUGAGAUUUUCCAUAGAAUGGUUUUCAAGAAUACUCACUUUAUAGUUAAUGUUACCUUUCACUUGAAUAGGAAGAAAAUCUUUCAAGUUUACGGUUAUUAUUAAAUCUACUCCACCUAUCCAUAAAUUAGCGUCGUUUCGUAUAUACACAUAUUUUUACUGGCAAAUUUAUUUUCGUACUAUUUUCCAUUGCUACUGAUAUUUUAUUUAGUCCUUUUGUUGUUUUGAGUUGUGGAACUAACACUUAAAUAUUGAAUUUCCAAUUAUAUUUGUGAAUCGACAUGUGUUUAACUGCUUUAACUCUUCAAGGUUUAGUCAUUUUUUACUCUGCGAAUUGACUGUGAAGAGAUCCCACUUUGGCUAUGUUCUUUAUUUUGAGUAAACUUGGUUGUUAGUCAGAUUCUAUUGCUUUUUCCUAAAAUCCUGAACGCUUGUUUUACGUCUACUGGAUUUUCCAAUUUGAAACUAUCUAGAUUAGUUGGUUGUUGGGCAACAACCAAUUUCAUGUUUGCCUAGUUUUGGGUGAUGAUGGAAUUCUGUCGAUCAAGCUGCACUAUUAUAAUUAAUCUAUGUUACUUGACAUCAUGUGAUGUGUUAUGAAGCUAGGUGGUCGAAAGUAGUUGGUGCUCGCUGGCAAGAUAUACCUGAAAUUUCGAGGGAGCUGACUCUCCUUUGUGAAUUCGAAUAAGGGUCACUCAAUUUACAGUCUGAGAUGUCACCUCCAGUUCUCUGAAGAUUGAGGGUACACCUUGUUGAUAAGUAUUAACUAGCAAAACAC